CCAUAUUUGAAGACUGAACCGCAACUUCAAAUUGACCCCAAACUCAGCAGGACAGUAGGUUCAAUUGGAAAUGAGCACAGAGAGCUCUUCACCUCCUCGGUGGAAAUAUGAUGUCUUUUUGAGUUUUAGAGGCGAGGAUACUCGAAAGGGUUUUACAGACCAUCUAUACACUGCAUUGGAUCAUCAAGGAAUCACUACUUUCAGGGAUGAUCCUGAACUUCACAAAGGGGAAGCUAUUUCUCCAGCACUUUUUGCUGCGAUUGAAGAAUCGAGAUUUGCUCUCAUUGUUCUCUCACAAAAUUAUGCAUCGUCAACGUGGUGCUUGGAUGAACUUGUAAGAAUUCUUGAAUGCAUGAAAUCAAGAGAAACGGUGCUGCCAAUUUUCUAUGACGUUGAUCCCUCUGUUGUACGAAAGCAAACAGGGAGUUUUAAAGAAGCUUUCAUUGAUCAUGAAGAAAGGUUUAAGGAUGAUAAAGAGAAGGUGCAAAGAUGGAGAUCUGCUUUAAAUGAAGUCGCGGGUUUCUCUGGUUGGAAUUCAAAGGAAUGGUAUACACAUACUCUUUUCUUUUUGUCUCUUUCCAUUGCAUCAAUUUACAAAUAG